AUGCGGUACACUGGAUCAUAUGUCCCAAUGACCUAUCGUCGUAAGGUCAGAAAGAAGAGCGUUCGAACAUGUGGCCGUGGCUCGAGUAAGCCGAGAUCUCGGAAAGAUGAUCAAGGACGUGCAGAACGCGCUGAAAAGAUAAAACACCUUCAUUUUCGCAUUAUGCCAAGGAAGUUGUCGAACGAACCUCCGCUUACGUUGCCCCGUAUGCCUAUCGUCAUUAUUCCUCGGAAACGGAAAUACAAGAACUAUGUGUCACGUCGUCGUAACACGCAGCUGCUAGCGAGUUUACGCAAAUGUGUAUCGGAUCCUCAUUUAUAUCGUAGCUUUAAUCACUGGAAAGAACUUUGGCGUGGAUUUUCUCCUAACAAUCAAGCGACAUCUCCAUCCAUAUCUCACCGCGUUUCACAAGUAGCAACUGAAGAGAGCGUCCUUCUACGCUCCUUAGCUGUUCCACCUACAAUGGCAGUCUUAUCUCAAUCGUCUAGCAAAAAAUAUCCAUUGCAAAGGCAUGAAUUCAAGAAGAAUGAAGUGCGUCGCUCUGCUGCUCGAGUUGCUUUUGCUACAGGAAGAAAGAGUAUGCGGGAUAUGCAUUUGCAGAAGAAUUUCUCAAAAUGCGAAAAAUCCCCCAAAGCCUUAGUAAAUUCUUAUGUAAAUGAGCAGAAGUAUCGCGCAUUACGUCUUCCUACGGAAAAUGCACGGGAGACAAAUAAUGAAUCUACUGCGUCUACUGCGUAUGUCGAAGACGUCAUGAAACAGUCGCUAUUCGGUGCAGUGGAACAGUUGAAAAACUUGGUCCCUGCUCACCAGAAAUCGGCAGCCCCAUCUCCUGCCAGUUUUCCAGAGACUGCUCCAGAAUGUGGAGAACAUUCGUGGGCAUCUAUUUCCAGUGCAUCGAGAGGUACUAAAGUUAGUGACAUUGAUUUCUCAGUUGUUGAUCCGAAAAGUGAUGUUGUAGCGCCGUCAGUACCGAAAGCAGUGAGAAAGGCGUAUGCCUCGAAAAGUGGAACUACCAUUUGUGCAGUAGGCUCUCCAUUAAAUAUUCCUACGACUAGUAAUGUUGUUGUUGAAGAUCAGCGUAUUAUUGAGAAGAAAUUAUCAUUGCGGAGAAGAAAGGAACAGGUCAAAGAAAAUGCUGUCUUUCCUAUUACUUCACAGUGUCCGAUGGAAAUCGGGGAGAAAUCAAGGCAAGCAGACGAACAAAAAGCUAAGAAAACAGUUAACGCUGUAGCGGCAGCAUUUUCGACGCAGUCCAUUUCGACUGACGAAAUUCUAAAGACUGGGGAAAAGAAGGAAGCUGAAAGGAAAAUUCCUCAGCAAACAGUGAAAAUCUCCACAACUGCAACAGCUAGUUUGCUUGCUCAGCUUCAACUACCACCGACUGUUUCCGCCAAAGUGGAUAAAAUAAUUGCAUCAGGCCGGAAAUCAACGCUGCAAAGCAUUGGCGACCAGCGAGCUCGUAUGAAGGCUCAUCUGGACAGGCAGGCGGCCGGUGUUCUACCUGACGAUGAAGACGGUCACCUCAUUUUCAAGCGGAAUGAUAUUUUACUUGGUCGAUGGGAGCUUCGCGAAGAAUUGGGUGAGGGCACAUUUGGGAGAGUGGUCAAAACUUACGAUAAGCAGAGAGACAAGAUGAGAGCAGUGAAAAUUGUUCGAAACGUUCACAAAUAUCGUGACGCUGCUUAUUUGGAGAUUAAGGUGUUAACAAAACUGAGGCAACUCGAUCCUACCGGAGCUCAGAAAAUUUGGAGACUUCAACCGCCGGGAAAAUUUGAAAAGGUGAAGUUGUUCCCACGUAUUUUUGUGCUCUUUGGUUUAAUGCAAGGCUAUGGUGACAUUCGGCUAUAA